AUGACGAUCAAGUUCCUUGUCCGCGGAAGUCAAUUGGUAUUAGAAUCGAAGCUGCAAAGAUACGUUCCAUGUGAUGCCCAACAAGAUCAUGAUUUCAUUUCUUCCUUGAAAAACCGAAAAAUCCAAAACAUCGAUUCAGUUUGGGGCAUGUUUGUUUGGAUAAAACAAUUUUAA